CACAAUAAAAUAGAGAAACAAAGAAAAAGAUGGAACAAGGCCGCCUUCUAUGGCUAACAUUUCCAUCAACCUCCCAAAAUUCAAGCACACUCUAAUAUCCUUCAAUAAAAUCACUAACUUAUCUUCACUCUCUAAUUUUCCACACUCAAAAGUUGAUUUCCAUAACCAAUAUUAUCAUCAAUUCAAGGAGACCAACACCACAUCGUAUAAUUACCGUCUUUGUUCUCGAAGAAGUUUUGUGGAAGACGAAGAUGAAGACGAACUAAACUCAGAAAAUUAUAGUUUCCAAGAAGCUGUGGCACUUUUUAAUAGCAGAGAUUAUUACAGAUGUCAUGACGUUCUUGAAGCUCUUUGGAACCGAUCCCAAGAACCGAAUCGAACUCUACUUCAUGGAAUUCUUCAAUGUGCAGUAGGAUUCCAUCACCUCUUCAACCAAAAUCACAAAGGAGCAAUGAUGGAAUUGGGAGAAGGGCUAUGCAAGCUUAGAAAAUUUAACUUUGAAAAUGGACCAUUUUAUGAGUUUGAAAAAGAAAUUUCAGAAGUUUUGGAUUUCAUAUAUAGAACACAGCUAGAACUUGCUGCUUGUGGUGAUGAUAUUUGUGUAACUAUGGAUCAAUCUGAAAGAUCAUAUCAACUUCUUGGUGGCUUUGGAGCAGGACAACUACUUUAUAGUUUGGCUAGUUACCAAGAUGACAAUUACCUUGUUUUCACUUCCGGAAAAUAUCAUGGCAAUGUAGAACAACUUAGGAUAAAACUUCCAACGAUUGAUGCUUCUGAAGAAAAUCUUAAGGAGUUGGAGUAUAUUUAAUACGUUACUUUCAUCUGAGUAGAAUUAUUCGGUAUCUGUGCAGGUGAAGAGCAACAGAUACUCGGUGAAAUAGUUGAGGUUUAUGCAAUUUUAUGACACGUUACUUCCCUUGUUCAAUGUACAAAUGUGUGUACUAUCCUUUUUUCGUUAUUCUUU